UCAUAUUUUUUAUUUUGUAAUUAUUUUAUAUAUUCUUUUUCCUACAAGAUUUUCUUACUUCUUUUUAAUUUGCAUAUUAUGCAAUUCCGCAUCAUAUUAUUUGAUUGUACAGCUAUUAUUUUACGCAGUACGAUAAUAAUUACUCCGAAAUCGAUAUUCUUUCACUACCCGUAUGCAUAUCGUAUAUAAACAUGCAUGUUUUAUAUACAUGCAAAAAUGGAACAUGUUGUUUUUAAAACCAUCGUGACAAAAUAAUCUCUUGUGUGUAUACUUAUCGGAAUACAACAAAGUGUUCUAUCAAACGGUCAGAUUUUCCGCUACAAAAUAUAAUAAUCACGUGACGAAAAAUCGACCAUGUGCUUGAGGUCUUACUCGUUAUAAGUGUCUUUUGCAGUCCACUUAUUUUCACUUAUAAGAUAUCAUAAGUUACGUAGAUAUUGUAUAUAAAAACGGAAAGGUGUACGUAUAUUGUAUUCAUAUUUUGUAUGUAUAAUAUGAAUAUUAAAAAUGAAUAUUUUUUAAAAAGUAGGCUUGUAAACGAAAGCCCGCGAUACAACGACGCCCUACUUCAGUUCAUGCCAUUAAAUUUACGAUUGAGCACUUGUAUAAUAUUGAACUUUAUACUUAUCAUGUAAUUUAUGCAUGGAUAUUAUUUAUGACAUUGAUUUGAUAUACUUUUACGAUUAUAGAUUUUUAUAUAAUACGUAUAUAUAAAUUAUCUAAAUAAUUAUAUGAUUAUAUAAAGUUUAAACAAUGUAGGUCUUAUUCAUUUAGAUAGUUUAAUACUUUAGUUUAUAAUAUUCACAUAAAUUUAAUCUUAAAUUCCAGUUAUAAUAUAUAUUUUAAUAUAAUAAUAGUAGAAUUAUAAUUGCAAUCUAUAAUUUUAAAUUUAAAUUAAUUUUGUUUUAAUUAUUUAAUAAUUAACUACUGUAUCUUGAUCUUUCAAAUCAAGAAACUUUUUAUGCAAACAAAUAUCUUUGAUUGAAGGUAAAAUUGUGUUUUAUUAUCUUUCAUUUUCGAGACUCUUAAUGUUAAAUUAAACAAGUGAUUAAUAAUUAUAAAUAACUUUAUUAAAUUCAAGUGUGUAAAAUAUUUAAAGUUUAUGUAUGUUAAGUUCAUAUUAACGGCGCCGAACGCACGACCAAGACAAGGCAAACAGAGACUCAUGAUUUUAUUGGAUUGAGACACGGGGGACCACAAUUCAAACGUAUGAAUUAAAAGAUGGCUUUCAGAGCUCAUGGCAGCGGACGGUACUCGAGACGUAUCGUGUUCCAAGCCUCGCACACAUCUCAAUCUAGUUCAGCAUACAAUUGCCACAUGGAGACUGCGACGGACUUGUUAGUCGAUAAGGAUAAUUAGUGUCCCAUUAUCAAGCACAUGCUUUUCUUGACUUUUAUUUGGCCGUGGCAAUUCCAAGUCUAUGCAAAUUAAUGCAUCCUUCAUGUUCUUGCAUAGACCGGGAAUAAUGAGCCUUAUGAAAGUGGAUUACAAAUUUAUCGCCAUUAAAAAAACAAUAUACAUACACUUCCUGAUAUAUUUUACAUCUAUUAAAUAUAUUCGGCGCCUCAUAAUUCAAGAUCUGCAUUGCAUCGUCACCUGAUUUAUAAUCCUAAAUAUGACCGUCUAAUUCAAAACUUAGGCAGUUGCAUUUAGAGUUAAAAGAGGAUGCUAAUACGGAUCUAUAAAUCCUCUUCCAGGAAUAUGGAACUGUCUAUUGAUAACAAAUGCAUAAAAUUAUGUCAUGAUUGACGUUAUAUUAAUUAUUCUGUACUAUAAUGAGAGCUCUGUGCUACAUUCUAUUACCUUUGUAUUAUUUUAUUUUAUUUUAUUUUUUUUUUACAUUAAAUUAUACUAAAAUUGAAUUUUACUCAAUAUUUUUUAUAAUCAAAAAUUCAAAAUGCAAUGUAUUUUGUUGUCAGUAGACAUUUUCUGAAUUGUUACGGGUAUAUAAUUAUUGUUACUUAACCAAUUAUAGAUAUAUAUACAUUUGUAUGUGCAUUUUACGCAUUGCGAUACUGUUUAUCACAGAUUGCACAAGAUAUUUUGUACCCUGUAUUAGACGCACACUCUAAUGUCUCUAAAUCUCACUGUAACGGAUUAUAUAGCGUAUACACACUUUAUGUAGACUUUAAGUACACUUUGAACAUAGAUUACUAUCAAUUUGAAUGUAACGAAUCUCCGCACUCGAUAUCGCGACCAAAAGUUCUUAAUGAUGCUCAAUUGAGUCAUGAAUAGCUGAUUAAUGCGUUUGAUUUUACUCGACAAUCAAUAUAUUACGCGAUACAUGUAUAUAUUAUUUCGGUACGUCUUUUCUUGUUCUAUAAUUACGAAAUCCUUCCGUUGUCAGUUUUCGAAAAAUCCACAACUCUAGAUAUAUCUGUAGAGAUUUAAGAGGCUACAAUAUGUUCAUCUAACACUUUCUUAAAUGUUACACGCUUUGAUUAUCUCUCUAUAUCUCUUUCUAAUGUUAAAUUCGAAAUUUUACAAAAACUAAACGACAAGUUGUGACUUACAAUUCAUAAUCGUGUAAUUCAUGUAAUCGUAAUAAUUCAAAUAUCGUGCAAUUCACAUUAGAACAUCGGUCCUUUUUUAUUAUAUAUUGAUAAUAUAAUUAAUUUAUAUUAAGGAAAUAUGUUAUAUUAAGGAAAUAAACUGUUAACUUCAAUAUUUCAAUAGGGAUUGCACGAUGUCACGAUUACACGCACAACAUUUCUGUAUUAAUACACGAUAUGAAAACAAAAGCAAUUCCGCACACUUAAAAAGAUUAUAUUGUCUUACUAUUUACUAUAUCUACGAUAACUUUCCACCGAGUUUUCACUUCUAGUUACUUGCGAUCGAUUGAGAAAUCCGUCGUGAAAAAAGUUGAAAUUCUUCUUGUGCACAUUUGUAAUAACUAAGUACUGUAAUUGCUCGUCUGUGUAAUAAAUCCUUUUUAUCUUUCCAUUAAUGUCAUUUGCCUCGUAAAACUCAACUUGACUAUUAAAUCUUUCGUAAUUUAUUCCCGAGUGCUACUGUUCUUUCCCUCGUGCAUCAGCCCCUUUCAUUAAGCUAACGUAGAGUCUCGUAAAAAUUUUAACAGCCCACUUUAACACACCCUGCUACUAUUCCCUCCUCUCUUCCUUUUCCACGUUAAUUGAAAUAUCUUCGAUAAUCUCCCUUAAUCUUUUAUUAUCAGAUCGAUGCAUAAUAACUGAACGAACUUAUAAGCAAACGCAUUCCUUAGUCGUGCUUCAAAUAAUCGAUUAAUAUUUUACAUUUUAAUGCUCGCCAAACCACAAAGAAUUCUAUUGUCCACAAGUUGAUGAGUAAGACAAUUUUAUUUUGAAAAGACUUCGUAGAAAAAACACGGACUUUUCCUCUUGCUUCAUACUUAUCUGAAUAUUUAAAUAAAGAUUAAAAAACAAAAAAUUAACUUUUUCUUACGCCAUGAUCUUGCAUUAAGAAAUUUAAAUCAUUUGGACAUAAUUAUAUCAUGACCACCAAUAAUAAAUAAAAGCGUAAAUGCCCAUGCGAUGAGCGUAAAUUGCCUAUCAUGCCCAUCGGUUCUUAUUGUAAAUUUAUAUACUAAAUAUAUAUAUACAUAUAAAAAAAUUAUAUGUGUAUAUUUUAUUAUCUAUAAAUGUGUCAUUUUAUUAAAUAAAUCAUGCAUUCUGAUGAUAUCAGAAGCAAAAAAAACAAAACUGUCUUUCCAAAUUUCAUUUCCUUUCCAUAUAGUGCGUUUGAUAUGUCGUGAAAAAACAUGACAAACCACUUUAUCCACUAAGUUAGUUAUUUUUUAUUAUUUGCGUUUGAUGCAAACAGAUUAACUCGAGAUGGAAUUCGUUAAUUUUCGCUUUAUAAAAAUUUUGAUAUAAUCAAAACAAUGACGUGAUUGUGUGGUAAUACCUUGACCUGCCAUAAAAAUCGGGGACCAAUAUCAUAAAUCGUUUGGACGAGCCAAGUCGAUUUGGCCGCGAAGCAACCAUGCGUGCCACGACUAUCAAUUCCAUUGGGCAACUGUAUGCCGAUGGUUCGCAGAGGCGCAGACGAAAGACAAUGGAUAUAAACCACGAAAGCCAAUCAAUGGUGAUGCAUGCUUACGCUCUUGCAUUGCAAGUAUAAAUAGGUUUUGAAAUCGAAGGGGGCCUUCAGUUGAUCGUCCGGAUCGCCCAAGGAAAUUAUAAAUCGUCAUAUUGAGAAAAUAUCUUUUCAAGUAUGAAGUUCUUGGGAUAUUGUCUUCUUUGCAGUCUCUCCAGGUCAAGAAUGACUUAGUCACAGUUUUCCGAAAGGUCUUCUGAGGUUUAACUAAAACUUUCAAAAAACUUUUUUACGAAGAUCGAUUUUAAUAAAAUAUUGAACCUUUCUUGAACAUACAAGUCACAUCUAAUAUACAAUUUAUACUUGGCGUGAAAGCUACGUAGAGAUUCUUGGCGACUUUCUGUUGACGGAAUAUUUUAUCAAGUAAGCUUCCUAAUCGCACCUGAAGGAACUUCGUAUACGCGCAAAACUUUGAGCACAAUUAUUUCCGUCUCAUAAUGACAGAUACUUUACAGUAAAUAAUAUCUAUUCUUAAUCAGAGCGUAAAAAUCGCCAGUUGCAACCGCGAUUGCCAACGUGACUUAUAAUUUUGGUGAAAAUGAAACUACCGCGUAGGUUCAGCAACUGAACAUGUUGCAACACACGAUUAUGUGUUGUAUCACCUGUCCGCGGCACAUUACAACAUCACAUCCGAUAAAACUCGUGUUCUGAAGAAGAUUCAUCCGAUUUGUUGAAUAUAUAUCUGAUUCUAAUUAUGCUCUUCGCCACGAGAGUGCAACCAAAGCCACAAAUAACGAAGCUAUUCCCAGUGGAAGGGCUGACGGCAUAUCACAAACAAUUCAACAGCACCACGGAAUCGCUAGAUAAAUUUUGGGAAAAACUACGCACAACAUACAACUUUGUUUUCCAUCAACCUAACAACAAAAGCAACAUAGAAAAAAUCUUGGCGAAAAACGCAUCAGAUCCUAAUUUGCAAACUCUAAGGCUGAUCUGGUCUGAUACAUUAAAAGUAAAUAACUAUACAAAUCUCAAAUAUCCCAAUAAUAGCUUUCUGGAUCAGGUAAAGUCAUUGUCGGCACUAAAAAAUCACGACAACAAGGCGAAUUCGAGCAAUCUUAAGAAGGAUUCGUCCAUCAAAAUAAAAGCAAUGAGCAAAGCAAACGAAAACAACGUAAGCUCUACAAACCUUAACGAAAGAAGUUCCAACAAAACCAGGACAUUGCCUGAUGACGAUUGGUUCAAUGAUAUUCAGCCUUUGGAGCAACUGGAGCUGCAAGACGAAGAACUAGAUAAAAAAAAUGAAGUAGAAAUAAUAACGCCAAAAACGGCCCUUCCGAAAACGAUGGCCCGUCACUUGCUCGAAUGGCUUGGAUCCCUUUUCGGCUUUACUUACAGCAUUUACACGAAAUUAUCGGGUCCUGAUAGUGGCAACGGAAAGAUGACAAACUAAUAAUAGAAGGAGAAAUAAAAACGAUGGAAUAAAAUAUUAUUACAACAAAAAUUAUGUUAUACUAAUAUAUUUAUAAUCUACAUUUAUAAGUUUAAAUAUACGUAACACAGAUAUGUCUGCAAUUGUAAUUUAUCCGAUAUAAAAUUCGCGUUCAAAUAUAAAGUAAAAACGUAAUAUUUAAUGUCAAAUACACGCCAACACAGUACAAGUAAAUAUCGAAUAAAAAUUUAAUAUCAGUACGUUUAAUAUCGAAUAUAAUAAUAGAGGAAAAAGAGAAAUAGGAGACCAGAGGAAGAAAAGAUAGCAUACAGAUAUAGAAUAAUUUUAUAUCUUUGCACUGUUGUCAUGUUCCAUUAUAAAAAUAAAACAAAUAAAUUUUACAUUACACGAGAUCAAAUUAUAUAUAUAUGAUGCUUAACGCUUCAACUCCCAAAUUGUAUGAGUAACUCAACAGAUUCUUAUAUUGUAUCAUUAUGUAAUAUUAUACCAUCCCAUUGGAUUCCGAGUUCAUUCUGGAAGCGAUGCAAAGUUCGACGAAUUAAUAUUUCCGCGGUAGUGUCACAGACGAUCCUUUCAUUGUAUAACACUGCGUAAAAUUAUAUAACGCUACUUUCUGCAGCGCUCAACCGCAAACUGCAUACACUUGAUUUGUAAAAAAUGUAUAUGUAUAAAGAAAUAAUAUACGAUCUUGUACAUUA